AUGGGAAUGGAAGUCAACGUGUUGAAUGAAUUGCCGGGCGGAGGUGGAAUUCUCACGGUGAGCACGCACCCAAACGCAACUGUGGAUUCCCUGAUCGGGGCUGCGUGUCAGGACAAGAAGUUGACCCACCAGCCAAGCAUCGGGCUUUACACAAAAGACAACAGACUUCUCUCAGCACGCGGUUCCUUACGGGCACAGAACAUACGGCCGGGCGACACGUUGUAUCUGCGCUUCAAACAAUCCGAAGACGACAUACUCUACUACGCCAACUGGAAGAUUCUCUCAGUGCUCUGCCUCAUUACUGGAAUGUGUGGCUUGGGCUUCGCGUUCGUGGUUUUCUUCUUCACCGGUGGCCAGGUGCCAUUCGUGUACGGCAUCGUCGUUGAAGUGGGAACGAGCCAUACAGAGGCGACACUCUACCACUGGGAGGGCGCGAAGCUGGGUGGGACCGGUCGCGUGGAUCAGGUGCGUCGAGUCGAAAGUCAACAGGUCGGCUUCGCGCAGACGGCGGCGCCGGGUGCGACGUCGAGAGACAUCUCGGGGCUGCUGGAUACCCUCAAGGAGUACGUGCCCGAAUCGCAGAGACCCACGACUCCAAUUUAUCUUCUCGCCACCGAAGGAAUGCGACUGAACAAGCGUCCGACGAUUCCCAAAAUCGACGAGCCAAUGAAAGUGCUUUCAAUGACCACCACCACCCCCAACCCCCGCCCGACUCGGAUCAGAGGUCGAUUGCGAGGACGCAAGACACAACGAUGGGUGGAGCCAGCCGAACAAACUUCCAUUUGGACAGAAAGCUCAGAAGAAAAAAUCACACCUUUUAGAGGAGAAAUAUUCGACUAUAGAAGCACGCGAAGGAAACGAAGAUCAAAACGAAAAGUCGAGAGUGCCGACACUGCAGACAGUCUCAUCAACCCGAAGGACACGGACACCGCGCUGUUGGCUGUCGAGUGCGCGCUGCGUAGCUCAGGAUUCAGCUUCAGGAGUUCGGGUAUCCUGAGCGGGAGGGACGAGGGAAUUUACGGAUGGCUUUCCACCAAUUACCUGCUCGGACGAUUGCCCCCGCCGAGCGGGGCGAAAAAGUUGUUCGCCGGUUCUCUCGAUCUGAGCGAGGCUUCCUCACACAUUGCGUUCGCCGUGACCGAGAAGGAGGCUGUCAUGGACACGGACGUUACGCGAUUACGACUUUACGGUGAAGACUUCCACGUGUACUCGCGAAGUUCACUUUGCUUCGGUGUCGGGCAAGCGUACCUGCGAUAUUUGGCUCGGAUCAUGCACGACAACAAAUACGUGACUGGUCGGGCCUUGGAGAGUUCCUGUCACCACAGAGGUCAACUGAUAGACGUUCGAAUUGAACACAUAUUCUCGACGCAAUGCACACUGACUCCCAAAAUGGACACAUCAAUCCUACUGAAGUUGAACGAGAGCGUCACCUUCAACGGUACAAGCGAUCCGGAGGGGUGUCAGGCCCUCACCGAAGACCUUGUUGAUGAGUCGCUUUGCGACGAACAAGGGUACGGGCAGUGCUUCAAACCUCUCGAGCGAAGAGUGCCAUCUAUCGACUAUAUGGCGUUCGCUGAGUUCCAUAAGGCGGCCAAGGUGAUCAAUUUCACGAGAGGGUCCCUGGCCAACUUCAGUUCCGCUACAGAGCACUUUUGCUCGUCCACGAAGCAACAACUUCGACGGAAGGGCUUUAGCGAGGACGAUCACGGAGCGACAGCCUGUUUCCGUCUCAAUUAUAUUCUGAGACUGCUUAGAGAGAAGUACGGCUUCGACGAGGAAACCAUGCAGAGCCUCACUUUUGCACAAAGCGAACAGGGAUACCGACUGGGGUGGGCCUUAGGAUUCAUGAUCAACGCGACGAAUUCGUUGCCUGCCGCCCCACCGGUUCCCCCGAUGAUCACAAACGAACUUUUCGCCCUUAUGGUGAUCAUGUUUGCGAUAUUCGUCGCAUUCGGCUUGGUUUUCGGCUGCCUGUCGAAGCGAAGACAGUUGGUCAUGCGCAACGGGCUCAAGAGCGAGAUUCCCUGA